AUGCAAUUCACCACCUUCUUUACCGCUCUCCUCGCCGCGACCGCCUCUGUAGUAGCCGCGCCAACGCCAACGCCAACGCCAACGCCACUCAAAUCCCCCCAGGAGCUCAUCGUCUUCAACCCCCCUAUCACAUCGCCCAAGUCGUCUUCCGCAUGGGCAAAGGGGUCAGAGCAAAUCGUCGAAUGGGAAAUCACCAAUAUCCCGGAAUCAAGAGUCAACUCGACUGGUACCAUCGUCCUCGGAUAUUCCGCAUCAGAGAACGGCAACGAGCACCUCGACAUCGCGCAUCCUCUCGCGACUGAUUUCCCAAUUAAACAAGGAUUCAUGAAAGUAGUCAUGCCAAAGAACAUCGCCGAACGGAAUGACUACUUCAUCGUUCGUAAGUAG